UGAACUUUGCAGCUUCCAAACUUCUGCGAGAGCGAGUGAGCGAGGGAAGGAAGACAAAGACAGACGGAGAGAGAGAGAGAGAUCUUUCUUAUUUCUGUAACCAGUUUUUCUUUUGGUCAAAAACUUUUCUUCUUCGUCGCUCUGUCUGCAUCACCAGCUCCAGCACAACAGCCAAUCAGGCAUCUGCCGCCGUCAUGUCCGUCUUACCUCUUCUCAGCUGGACCGUCCUGGUCCUGGUGCAGAGCUGCACCUCGUCUAUGGACCCGGCUUCUAAACCUCAUCCACCGCCGCUUUCUCUGACCGUCCAUCCUCACUACCAGCCGCUGCUGGACGCUGCCCCCAGCUCCCACUGCCCCUCCUGCGCCCUGGCGAGGAUGAGGAGGAACGAAGGCGGCACGGGAGUGGAGGAUUUGGCGGGGCACGAGCGAGAGGAAGAGGAGGCAGCUCAGCAAGAUGUGGUGGAAGCGGUGAAGAGGCACAUCCUGAACAUGCUGCAUCUCCAGGCUCGGCCCAACAUCACUCGGCCCGUGCCGCGCGCCGCUCUCCUCAACGCUCUGCGCAAGCUCCACGUGGGGCGAGUGGCGGAAGACGGCAGCGUGCAGAUCGAGGGGGAGGAGGCGGCUCGAGGGCGGGGAGGAGGUGGGGGAGGAGCAGCAGCAGCUGCGGUGGCGGCGUACCGGACAGGAGACAGCGACGAUGCACAGGAGACGACAGAGAUUAUCACCUUUGCUGAGGCUGGUGAAUCUCAGGGCGUGGUCAACUUCGUCCUCUCUAAAGAAGGUGGCUCUCUGUCUCUGGUUGAGCAGGCGAACAUCUGGCUCUUCCUCCGUUUGGCUAAGACAAACCGCAGCAGAGCCAAAGUCACCAUCCGCCUCUUCCAGCAGCGCCGGCUCACCAACCGACAACCAACUCUGCCGCAGGACGAUAUCCUGCUAGCAGACAAGACUGUGGACACCCGUCGCAGCGGCUGGCACACCUUCCCCGUGUCUGCGGCAGUGCAGGCACUGCUGGAGAGCACAGAGAGCACGACGCUGAGCCUGAGGGUAUCCUGUCCGCUAUGUGCUGAUGCAGGGGCCACAGUUAUUCUGGUUUCUGGCGGUUCAGAGACAUCGCAGCGCACCAACCAGCGGGAACAAUCCCACCGGCCCUUCCUGAUGGCCGUGGUCCGACAGGCUGAUGGCAGCGACUCACGGCGACGCAGGAAGCGAGGGCUUGAAUGUGAUGGGAAAGUCCGGGUGUGUUGCAAAAGGCAGUUCUAUGUCAACUUCAAAGACAUCGGCUGGAACGACUGGAUAAUCGCACCCCCCGGUUACCAUGCCAACUACUGCGAGGGCGAGUGUCCCUCUCACGUGGCGAGCAUCACUGGGUCUACACUGUCCUUCCACUCCACUGUCAUUAGCCACUACCGCAUGAGGGGCCACAGCCCCUUCCAGAACCUGAGGUCGUGCUGCGUGCCCACUCGGCUACGAGCCAUGUCCAUGCUCUACUACAACGAGGAGCAGAAGAUCAUCAAGAAGGACAUCCAGAACAUGAUCGUGGAGGAGUGCGGCUGCUCAUAAACUAGAACCUGACCUGGACCAGAGACAGGACCUCUGACCCCGGAGAGAGACAGAGAGACAAGGACGAGACGGAGGAAUGAGAAAAAAAUGUGACUUCAUGAUCUGCGUGUCUCUCAUCUACUGUGUUUCAGGCUUCACCUCCUCCCUCCGUCCCUCCUGGACGCUCUCUGGGAUAAAAACUCUCUGGACUCGAGUCUUCAUGGCACUUUCAGAAAAAAAGAAAAGAAAAAGGUAGAAAAAAAGAAUAUCUAAUAUAUUUUUGUUACAA